UUUCCCGUGCGGUAUAUAAGGCAGCCCCAGGAAGCGCUGCUCUCUUCUUUUUUCUCAACCGCCGUGGCUGUAGGUGCUGGUGUGAGGGCCAGAGCCCACAGCCUCAGCCAGGAUGCCCGUUGCCAGGAGCUGGGUGUGCCGGAAGACCUAUGUCACCCCUCGGCGCCCCUUCGAGAAAUCCCGCCUCGACCAGGAGCUGAAACUCAUUGGCGAGUACGGGUUGCGGAACAAGCGGGAGGUUUGGCGGGUGAAGUUCACCCUGGCCAAGAUCCGCAAGGCGGCCCGUGAGCUGCUCACGCUGGACGAGAAGGACCCCAAACGCCUCUUUGAAGGCAAUGCCCUGCUGCGACGGCUGGUGCGCAUCGGGGUGCUGGACGAGGGCAAGAUGAAGCUGGAUUAUAUCCUGGGCCUCAAGAUUGAGGAUUUCCUGGAGCGGCGCCUCCAGACCCAGGUCUUCAAGCUGGGCCUGGCCAAGUCCAUCCACCACGCCCGGGUGCUGAUCCGCCAGAGGCACAUCCGGGUGCGGAAGCAGGUCGUGAACAUCCCGUCCUUCAUCGUGCGCCUGGACUCACAGAAGCACAUUGACUUCUCGCUGCGCUCACCUUAUGGGGGUGGCCGGCCCGGCCGUGUCAAGAGGAAGAAUGCUAAGAAGGGUCAGGGCGGCGCUGGCGGGGCGGAUGAGGAAGAAGAGGAUUAAAGGCCUGGCAGCUGCUCCUGCUGGGCAGCCUGCACUGCUGUAUCAAUAAACCAGUUUGGAGUGGGGCUGAACUGGGUGGAUUGGUCUGUUAGUGGGGUCCUGCCAUUGGGGUGUCAGGGCUGCUGUACCCUAGCCUGACAGCAAAUGCUCUGAGUCUUGUGCCUCACCAGAGGGGGGUGCUCUGUGAGCGGGAGGCAGCGUCUGCUGGGCCUUGCACCCUGCAGCAGGUAGUUCCCCAGCUCCCUGUCUGGAAAUGAGCCCUGUCCUGCCUGCUGUUUGUCCUUCCCCCACUGGCCUGCAGGCAGCACUGGCCCUUGGAAAUAAAACCACUGCAGACCUGC